AUGGACGAGUUCCCACCAGGUGGUGGGCCCUCGGGGGAACCUGACUAUUCGACCUGGUCGAUCGAGGAUCGCUUAGCAUCCAAGGUCUGGAAAGCGCGAUGUUCAGCUUACGAAACUCUAGCAACGAAGUUCAGCCGGACUUCUGAUGAGUCCGAUCCGGCCUUCAAGCCAUACCUUCGCGAUGCCGACAAGCUCAGGGCGAUGGUCAUUGACAGCAACGCUGUCGCGCAGGAAAAAGGAGUUGAGGCAGCCUGCAAGUUCGUGGAAUUCUCGGGGAAGGAAGGCGGACGAACACGAGCUACCGUAUUGCCAGCCGUCGUGGACAAAUGUCUUGGGUCAACGAGGGCGGGAACAAAGAGGAGUGCUCUCGAGCUGACCCUAUUUUAUGUGGAGAUGGAGGACGUGAUGGGAAGUGAGGGCAUUGUUACGGACGUACUAGGCGGCUUGUCAAGUAAGCAGCCAAAGGUGGUCGCGGCGUGUGUGGUCGCACUCAAGGAGAUGGUCAAGCUAUUCGGGCCAAAGCAAGUGUCCGCCAAACUCAUUCUCAAGCGUCUUCCCGACAUAUUUGCGCACUCUGACAAGACUGUCAGAGCCGAGGGAGCAGAGCUCGCGAAAGAACUUUAUCGGUACAUCGGCGCAGCAAUCGACCCCACCAUCGAUAAACUCAAAGAUAUCCAGGCAAAGGAGCUCAGAGCCAGCUUUGAGCAGCUUGGAAGCGAUAAGGCGGUACCGUCACGGCAUAUCCUUUCAGAGAAAGCAGUAGCUGAGGCAGCAGCGGCGGCGGCGGCAGCCGCCGGGGUGGCACCAACCGACGCCCGCGCUGCAGAGGGUGACGCUGGGCCCGGCGUGGACGCUGGUGAUGCGGGGCUCGACGCGUACGAUUUGGCUGAAGCGAUCGACCCUUUCAAAGCAAAAGAGUGGCCGAACGAUUAUGAAGACCUCAUCGCAUCAAAGAAAUGGUCCGAACGCAGGGAUGCGCUGCAAGGGGCGCAAGCAGCACUGAAGGCGUCUCCAAAGCUGAGCCCUGCACCAGCGGGACAAUAUGACGCCCUAGUCGAUGUCUGCGCGGAGAAAAUCAAGAAGGACUCCAACAUCGCUGUUGCCUGCGAAGCCUGCGCAGUGCUAGAGCUGCUCGCCAAGGGUCUGCGCAACUGGUUCGGAGGACGAUACAAAAGCAAAGUCCUGCCCCCACUCCUUGAGAAGCUCAAGGAAAAGAAGCAGAGUGUCAUGGACGCUGUCAACAGUACGCUUGAUGCAGUCUUUCAGACUGUCACAUUCUCUGAUAUUUUGGAGGAUGUCAUCGCCGGAACGACACACAAGAACCCAAACGUCAAGGCACAAUCGAUCCUCUUCUUGGCGCGAAGCUUACGCACGACCCGUACGCCACCUGCCAAAGCCGAUGUCAAACCCAUUGCCGAGGCACUUGUCCAGGCCUUGAGCGACGCGGCUGGCGAAGUCCGAGACGCAGGCGCGCAAGGCUUAGGGACUUUGAUGAAACUGGUUGGCGAAAGACCCAUGAACCAAUUCAUCGAUCAAUUGGACGAUAUCAAGAAGGCGAAGGUCAAGGAGGAGUUCGCCAAUGCAACUGUCAAAGUCAAGAUGGGUACUCCCUCGGGUACUGCACCUGCUUCGCGAGCUCCUGCAGCAGCUGCAAAGCCCGCGCCAUCUCUAGCGCCAAGACAAGGGCGGACUUCAGACAAAGAAAACCUGCCGCCCACUUCCGAAAAAGGAGGUCAAGGAGCGAUGCCUGCAUUUGGAUCUGCUGCGCUGGGGCCAAAGGCACCGGUAGCGCGUCCCCCUGCCAAAAAGCCGACCACAGCACCGGCCAAGAAGCCUUUGGGUGGCUCGGGGCCGCCGAAGGUUGGAAAGCCCAGCGGUGCUGCUGCUUCGGCCACAGAGCCAGUCAAAUUCCGCUUCACGCCAGAGGAUGCUGAAGGCAAGGCAGCCGAACUCAUUCCAUGCGAGAUCUCCGGCCUCAUCUCGAGCGCAAAUUGGAAAGAAAGGCUGGAGGGAAUGACUAACUUCAACACAUGGCUAGGAGGCUCCGUAUCAGAUAUCGAAAGCGAAUUGGUCGUUCGGACUCUUGGAAAGAAGCCUGGCUGGAAGGAGAGCAAUUUCCAGGUUUUAAGCGAAGUCUACAAGGUCCUCCGACAGCUUGCCGAUACUUGCCCCACUUUUGGUCGCGCCUCAGUCGCCCUCUCGGUCCAACCUUUGGUCGAGAAGCUGGGAGAUAUCAAGCUCAAGACAGCUGCAGGUGACACGAUGCUCUUGUAUGCGGAGAAGACUUCCUUUGGCUUUUUGCUCGCUCAAGCAUUAACGCCUUUGGCAGGUCUAAAGGCGCCCAAGGCGAUCGCAGACUCUCUCUCAUGGGUCGACCAAGCCAUCCUGGAAUUCGGCUUUCAGGGCGUGGAUGUGCGGAGCUUGGUGGAUCACCUGGUCGACUGUCUCAAGUCAGCGAAUGCUGCAGUGCGGUCCAAUGCAACCAAAGUCUUCGGCACUGUCGCACGUUAUGUCGGGCCUGCCCUGAACACGUUUAUCGCGGACAUCAACGCGCAGCUGAAAGCCAGCAUUGAAGCCGAGAUUGCGAAGGCAGGCAAUAACCCUCCACCUGCUCCGACACGCUUCAGUGCAGAGCUGCAAGCAAUGGUGUCCGCCAGCGCUAAAGCGGCCAGCGGUUCCGCAGCACCUGUUACGCAUGACCCUCUGGAAGACCUCGUGCCCCGCCAGUCCCUCGAAAAACUUAUCCCAGCAUCGGCAAUCGCUCAGCUCAACCAUACCAACUGGAAGGAGCGAAAGGAAGGCUUGGAGCAAAUACAGUCUAUCUUGGAAGUCAACUCGCGACUCAAGCCUGAGAUGAACGAGUUAACCCAGGCACUCAAGCUUCGUUAUGCUGAUAGCAAUAUGCAGGUCAAGACCUUGGCGCUUGAUGUCAUCAGCCGAAUAGCGACAGGCAUGGGCAAAGGGUUCGAGACUCACGCUCGGACUUUCGUGCCCCCUGUCACCGCAGUUCUUGCAGAUGCGAAAGUGCCCAUGCGUGCUGCUGCUUCUGCGGCCCUUACAGCCAUGGCGGAGGCGUCGACUGUCGCGCCCAUGAUCCCGGGGUUUACCACCGUUCUCGAGAGCAAGUCAGCCAACCCUAUGCUCAAACAGGAUCUCUUCACAUGGCUGGCCACCUGGUUCGGAACGCAUCCGCCCGAGAAGCCACUAGACUUGGCACCUCUUGCGCAACACGCCGUCUUUGCACUCGACGACAAGCUGGCUGCGGUCCGAAAGGCAGCGCAAGCCGCCCUACCAUUCAUCAUGGCACGAGCUGGAUACAAGUUCGUGAUGGACCAGACAAAUUCGCUCAAAGCCGCCUCCCGGAACUCAGUCAUUCCGCUGAUUGACGCAGCCAAGGCUCAGAUGCCCGCCAUGGCCGCCGGUCCCAAGGGCACUGCGCAGAGCGCAGAGGCAAAACAGCCACCAGCGAGCACACGAGCAACCAGUGUGGCUCAAAGUAAGGCCAGUGUGCGGGAAGAUAACAACGAUUCCGCUGCACCAGCUCCUGCAGCUACAAUUCCAAAGACCUCGACUCUCAAACCGGGUUUGAAAGCGCCUAGCGCCGUAGGCCGAUCCUUGCGUGCUCCAACGACCGCACGACCAGUUUCUACGCUUCUCAGCAGCGACGAUGGACCACACGGUAUGAGCAAGUCACGCCUUGGAAUGGGCAAACGUCCGACUUCCGCAGCGCAGUCUGGGAGCGGUCUUGCAAAAGACGGGACAUCACCUAUCAUCACCGCUGACCUCAAAUUUAAAGCGGCCCGGGAGAAGAAAGAGUCACGCGGCGUGCAUUGGAUCGGCCCAGACGCUACAGCGAAACCAGAGUUGGCAGACUUCCUUCGAGCUCAGUGCGAGCAUCAUUUCAGCAAUGGCAUCCUGGACGCCAUGUUUUCCAAGGACCAUAGCGCCGAAAGGGACUUUCUCGCUGCUCUCACGCUCCUUUCAGACUUUGUCGGCUCUCCUGGCUUUGCCUCACAAGAGUUUGACUUGUCCGCCGACGAUGUUUCAGCAAGGCUGAUUUCAAACGCCGACUUGCUCUUCAAGUACAUCACGCUACGCCUUACAGACAACAAUACUAGCAUCUCGCUGAAGUGUCUGGAUAUCCUCGAUCACCUUGUGGAUGUCCUUCGCGAGCAACGGUAUAACAUGAGCGACUAUGAGGCAAGCCUUCUGCUUCCCUGUGUCGUUGCCAAGUUUGGAGACCCAAAGAUCGCAUUCAGAGACCGAAUCCGCGAGAUCCUCCGUAAGCUCGGCUUCAUUUUCCCGCCGAGCAAGCUGCUCUUCAGGUAUCUGGAAGAGGGGCUGCAAGCGAAGAACAUGCGUGUGCGCGUCGAAUGCUUGGGAGAAGUGGGCUACAUUUUCGCAAAGAAUGGCUUGCAUGUUUGCACGCCUGCGAAAGUACUUCCGCUGAUUGCGAAGCAGAUCGGCGACCGAGAUGCGAACGUACGACAAGCCGCUCUGGGAGCUCUCAGCGAGGCAUACAAGAUUGUCGGCGACGAUGUCUAUGGCUUGUGCGGCGAUUUGCCAGGAAAAGAACGCUCCAUGCUCGAAGAAAGGCUCAAGCGCGUGCCUACGACGAAGGGCUUGGCUACUGCAGCGUCAAAGGCAGCCACCCAAUUGCCUGGCUCUCGGCUCGCUCGACCAUCGCUUAUCAUGGCGAGUGGCAGUGGUAUUGGGCGGCCGAGACAGUCAACACUGCCAAAACCUGCACCUGCAGUAUCGUCACUGGCCCCCAAGGCUCCCCAGAGUGCGUUGGCCUCGAAUGACGCUCCAGCGGUCGAGCCUGUAGAGUCCGAAGAUCUCUACGGAAGCGGACAGGAGGACGAAGAGGAUGACAUGCCAAUCGAGCAGUGCAUCAACGAGAUCACUAGCACAGACGCAAAACGUGCUAGCUAUGCUAUGCAGCACGUUGAGCACUAUAUCAAGGAGACCGACCCUGUCAUUUCUUCCUAUGCGGACCAACUGAUCAUCGUUCUGGGCAAGGCGUUCCGCAAAGCCUUCGCUGCAGAAGGGGAGUCACCAGAAUUGGAAAAACUUCGUCGCCAUCUGCUGGUAACCUUAACAAGCUUUUUUGCCAACGACGAAAAAUGGGACGGGAAACCUCUGGGAGCAUUCGUCACUCAGUCAGCACUUGGACCACUCCUGACCGAGCUUCUGCAGUGGCUCAUUGAGGCAACGCGCGCCGCGGAUGAGGAGCCAUUGAAAAAAUACUCCAAGAUUCUGAACGUUCUUGUUCUGCGGAGCUUCUCGACCUGCGAGGUAAAUGUUUUGUACGACACCUGCUUCUCGAUGUUGGCCGAGGCGACGGAAGACUUCCGCGAAUUGUCGCCUGCGCUGCUCAGCAAGCGUGCCAAGUUCGCGGAUUUGAUAAUCAAAUGUGUCUGGAAGAUUACCAAGGCGCUUCCAGAUUUCCUUCAGAACAAUUUGGUCGAUCCAAGCCGUCUGCUCUUGGCGCUCGAACGACUGUUCCAAGUGGUCCCGCCAAACGAGUGGAAGGCGCGCGCACGCGAUGGGUUGCCAAUCUCAGACCUGCCGCUGAAAACCCUCAAGAUCAUCCUCACGCACGUGCACACGGCCUUGGGCGAGGACGUGCUCAACCAUCUCGACCUCAUUUCCGAGCCCGAGAAUAGCACUAUUUACCCCUACCUCGUGCGCCUCGUCAAUCGCGAUGAGGAGGAAGAUCGCGAUGAUGCGUUGGUUGCAAAUGUCGAUGACAGCCCGAGGAGCCGUGCCAAAGGUCGUCGCACGCCUCCGACCCCUGCUUCACCUCAGCAAGCAUCGAAGAGUACGCCCAUGUCGCCAGCUUCCACCAGCAUGGACGACGAGCCUGCGAAUGCGGAGUUGUUGGCCAUCUUCGGGCGCAUUUCUCAGAAAGACCAGUCAUCGCUUGCAAUCAAGGACCUCUACGAAUUCACCAAAAAAUAUCCGCACAAGUUUGCCAAUGUUGAGAAAGCAUUGCAAAACACGGGCCCGAUCUUCCAGAGAUACAUUAAGCGCGCGCUUGCAAGGCAUGCUGCUGAAGAUGAAGAGGCUGGUCAAGUUGAAGCUGGUACGUGA